AUGGCGCCGAUUCCUGUAUACGCUGACAGUCCAAUCGCUUCUAAGCCUUCAGGAGUCACCCCCCAAACAGCUUCUGAAGAUGCGCUGGACUCUGGUAAACGUGCAGUAGCUCCGGCUGCCGUCACGGCAACGCCGACGAGGCCACAAGUAGCAUACCCUCAGGCUCAGCCUGGAGCUGCGCCCGCGCUCCCCGCGGCCACAACAACAGCUCACGCACACGUCGCGCCUUUACAGCCAACUCCCACGCAGGAUCUGAGGAGAGACGAAGGUCCCCCACCACCCCAGCCGGGAGCUGUGCCCAAAGCGACAGGGACUCACCUUCCUCCACCCCCAAAGGCUGGCGAGAGGUUCGUGCCUCCGCCAACGACGUCUGCUCCCCAGGCUGCAACAAUGCCCUACCCCCAGCAGAUGUCGAUACCGCCACCAACCAUGGCUUACCCGGCCCAACAGACUGGCACGUCUACGGCCGCGGCUCCCUCAUCGGCAUUCACUGGGCUAGGCACAGGUCACGGCCUUGGUCAAGCCGAAAGCUUGCAGCAUCCCCCCGGAUAUCAACAAAAUGUGAAUGCCUCGGAGCUCGACAAAUACCAGAGGUCCGCCGUACUGCGGAACGACUCCGACCAGCUCAGCGACGCGGAUGAAGGGGUCUGGAAUUCUGCAAAGAAGUGGGCCCAAGCCACAGGUGAGAAGCUCGCCGCAGCAGAGACAGAGAUAUGGAAGAAGAUCAACAAGGAAUAG